GAUCUUUUGAGAAGCCAGCAAGGCUGUACCCAAAGAUCCCUCGAAGUGAUCUGAGCGUUGGUAGAAUGAGAAAAAGGUCCAGCAGUCUUCAGAGAUCCUUUGCAUGCUUCUGCCAUCAUAGUAAACAUGGCAACAAGCACAGAGAGGAGAGACAUGCAUGCAGCUGGGAAGAUUCCCUGGCUGAUAAUUGUUGCUCUCGUCGUCUUUAUUUCAGAAAAUUCUGUCGAAGCGUUUUCUGCCUCCCCACCUACUAGUGGUCUUGGCUCUACCGACCCAUUAUCCCAAACAACACUGCGGAUACCCCACCGAGCAAAUUCUCCUUAUUCAUCACCAUUAUCUAUUCGAAAGCGGCACGGGAAACAACGGUUCAACCGGGAGCUCUUCUCUGCCACAAAUAAUGAUGACAAUCCCAACGCUGUUGCCGAUCGCAACCAAGGAAUCUUGGUACUCUUGACUGUGCCACUGGCAUGGGGAACAUUCGAGCCUGUCGUACGCUACGUCUAUGCCAUUGAACCACCUAUUCCGGGGUUGGUGUUUUCGCCAUGCUACUAUUUUGUAGCAGCAUCGGCUCUCUCUCUUCUCUCCAUUGUCUCGGCGCCCACCGACACUGCCUCGGACGACACUGUUGUUUCACCCGACGACAAUGAUGACAAUAUUCCCUCAUCCACUACUAGUCCCAUUCUGGGUGGUAUGGAACUUGGUUUUUACCUCUUUGCGGGCAAUCUAUUGCAAGUUUUGGCAUUGAAAACGCUCAAUUCGGACCGAGUGGCUUUCUUGAUACAGCUGACAACGAUAUUUGUACCACUUGUGCAAGGCAUUGCUGCCAGAAAUCUCUUGGCAAUCCCAAUCCGAACGUGGAUUGCCUGCUUGAUAGCUCUCCUUGGCGUGGCUGUCAUUGGAUUGGAGGGCGAGCCGCAGCCUUUGGACCCCUCCCUUGUCUUGGCAUCGGAUCAGGGACAGUUCCACCUGAGUCAGGGUGACUUCCUAGUGGUUCUCUGUGCUCUCUUUUACACAUUCCACUGCAUUCGUCUCGAAAUCUAUGCCAAGCAAACAAGGGCCGUGACAUUGGCAGCCUACAAAGCCACCACCGAAACCACGCUGAGUGUGUUGCUGCUUCUGGGGCUGUUGGCAUACGGGGGUACUUCCAGCAAUGGUAGUAACGACAAUCUACUGGCCAACUUUGCUCGGGAAAACAGUGAGGAAAUCUCUUCCUUUUUGACCACCAUCCCGGACCGAUUGACCGAUGGAUCCAUUCCUCCCUCUGUUCUGAUUCCAGCCUUGGGAGCUAUUCUGUGGACGGGCCUCGUCACGGUGGCCUAUACCAUUUAUGCGCAGAGCUAUGGACAAAGCCGUGUUAAACCAUCGGACGCCAAUCUGAUUUACACUUUUCAGCCAGUGUGGACAUCCCUCCUCGCAUACCUACUGCUGGGAGAAACUCUGGGUCCGACUGGGUUUAUUGGAGGUGCCUUGAUUGGCUUUGCUGUGUUUUUGGUAUUCCAACAAGAUGGUGAACCAUCAGGAUCGCAGCCAUGAGCCAUGAUACUUCUUUGUUGGCUAGCUGUAUGGGUACUGUAACGGUCAGCAAUUAUGUCACAGAUAGCCAAAACAGAAAGCCGAAAUAACAUCUUGGGUGUGGAUUGGGGGAAUCAUACAAGUACGCAACCCAUCUCAUAGAAUCAAGAAUAAAUAGAAUACAGUAUUUCUAUCAAUAAUCUACACCUUGUACAACAGAAAGGCCUGCAAAAAGAAAUUGCCCACUACGAGGCCAGCUUGGA